GUUAACGCAUACAAUCGACAAAUUCUGAUGCCACUAAUCAGCCGCGUGUUAUUUUAAUGUGGCAGUCUUUGUCGAGCAGAGGCAACAAGCAAGUGGUCUAAAAUCAGUUUAACCAAAGUUAUUCAAAAUGGAUAUGGGACCACAGCAACAAUAUACCCAGCUUACAGUUCCUUUGCUUGGGCCCGAACGGUCGAGGAUCACUUGUCCCAGCUGCCAUGCCCAAGUUACUACCGAUGUGGUGUUGGAAAAUAAUACGAACACACACUUGUUUGCAGUUCUACUGUGUCUUAUAUGCUUUCCCUGCGUCUUCAUUCCAUACUGUACGGAUUCCUGCAAGUCAAAGAACCACUACUGCCCAAAUUGUCACGCUUAUAUCGGCACUUUCAAAAAUUAAUCAUUUCAGAGAGAAAGUCUCACGAUCACAAAUAUUUUCCUGUCCAGGAAUUACGUUUAAUUGUACAGUUUUUCAUAUUACUUUUAAGUUUAUUAUUAACGGAUAUUAGAUUUAUUAUUAGGUAAAACUAUGUAAUUGCGCUGGAUUGUUAUCGUUAUAUUUUUAUAGCUUUAUGUAUUAAAAGUUUAUUAUUGGUAGAA